UUUGCAGUAAUUCAUUCUGCGAAGAGUGCCCCAUUGCUUGUGAGUGGCUAAUUUAAAUUGGAUUCUUCCACAUGGCGUAUUAGCAGCGGGGAGGAUUCGUAGCAGCUGACGGGACUUGUUGGGAAAAGAGAAUAUAGAAUAUAUAUACUACUUAUGUUAAGGAGCGAUAUGUGAGCAAGUUGAUUGAGAUUAUUGAUAAUUUCUGUUGCGUGUCACAGUUUAUUAGUUGUGUAUUGAAGGCAAGCGGGAAAAUCGAAGAGAAUAUACCAUUGAAACAAUAAGAAACAGAUGAUACAAUAAGAUUUGGUGUUGACAAGAGAAUUUUUUCUAGGCGGGCGAUCAACUAAUUUGGUGAAGAAUCAUUGAAUAGGUUAAGUGUGUUAUUAACAUUAAAAGCGCUUAUAUUGUAAGUAGAGAGAACAAUAUAAUUGUAAGAGCCUUAAGUGUCUUAUUGUUCUUUGGUUACCAUUUUAUUGAUACCACAAUUUGUAUGAGAAAAUGUGUGAAUUUACAUGAGAUUUAGUGACACACCCAAAAAUUGUAGAAUUUUUCCAGAAAGACCGUGUAUUUUGAAUGAGAGGUCAAGUCAAGAGGUGAAUUUGUUAGUUCUGCUGAUGAAUAUCCUAGUUGUGAAUUGUCAUUUUGGGUAAUGACAAUAAAAGAUGGGAGACAAUAUCGCAUAAAAUCCAAAUUAUUAUUACUUUAUGGCAUUUCUCCGUGGAGAAUUUUAUUGGAAGCAUGGAAGAAAAAUCCAAACAAGAUGUGUUAGUUCGAGGUGUUAAGCGAAACAACUAGAGAAUUCCAAUUAAUGUUGAUCAGUGUGUGUUGUUGACAAGGAAAAGCAAUCAUUUGUUAAAGAGUAAUUAUUUAAAAGACAAGGAAAGUAAUUGUACGUAAAUUGUUUACGAAAGAAUUUUUGAUAAGCAUUUUUGUAUGAUAUUUUUUCAGAGACAAUUUCUUCUUAAUUUAUACAAGAGCAUGUGCUGAAGAUUUGAGGAUAUCGCAGGUAGAUAGAGAUUGUAUUUGCCCAUGUCGUGUGUGUUUUGAAUGAGAAUUUAAAGGAAAAAUAGUAACCUGAAAUAUAGCUACAAUCCGACCCAUCGAAUAUAGUAGAAGUGAAAACGAUAGAAUGAUGUCUUAUUUGAAACCACAAUAGCACAAUAUAAAUUAAUAUCAAGGCAACAGCCACGAAAUCCAUUACUGAGAGUGAGCACAUCAAUGUCACGAACUAUUUUAUACAAGGGAGAACCUACAAAGACACAAAUACUACACACUCUUUCACCCCCGCUGACAUUAAAUGCAAAAAGAAAAACCAAAGGAUUGUGAGAGGAGUUAAAAUUUGUAGAAAAUGUUUACCAACUAUUUUUGGACACUUUCUUACCGAUAGAGCAAUCAAGGAGGAAUUCAAGAGGGAUUCGGAAAAGUCUUUUCUAUAGAAAAAACAUUUCAUCAUGCACGAGCACACGUUCGGCUGAACAGGUGGACACUUGACGGGAAAAGCACACCUGAAAUCUAAUGAAAUUGUGUCUGAAGGUGAGGGUGAAAAAGUCAUUGUGUUGGCUGUUGAGGAAUAGUGUAAAACUCACGCGAAUAAUUAUCUCCAUGAAAUGCCAUUAGUGUCCAUUUGAGAGGACAGUGAACGAGCUGAAAUAUUUCGGAGAGUAUACGCGGGGCUCUUGUAUUUUUGUACGGGUAGGUGAGCAUUUAAUUAAUUAGAGACGCACACCACGCAAUUGGUGAAAAAUGUACGCGGCGGCGGCGGGAGCAUCUCUGGGCUCACGCCAGGCACGAAAGCAGCAGCGCCAGCAGAACAACAAGAACCGUGAGUUGCUGAAGCAGGGCCUCAAGGAGAAGCUCGCGUCGAAGGCGGCGGGAGCCUCCACACCCACGAAGAGCCGCCAGUUCCACCAGCUGCCGCCCAACUAUCUGCGCACUCCCUAUGCCCAGGCGCGGAAGCUGAGCGCCAGCUUCGCCCAGCAUGGCAGCAAGGCGACCAUCACGGACGCGGCUCCGGGCAGCCCCCAUACGCCCCAUCACGCCCACCCACACCACCAGCACUUCCAUUCUUAUGACACGCAGUGCCAAAAGACCGGGCCACACCAGAACGACCUCCACCGACAGCAGCUCAUCAAGUCCGCCACGGCCACCUUCCCGCUAGUCUCGCGGGCCGAUGUGUCGCCCCCGCCGUCUCCCGGGCUCACGCCCGCCGGCGAACCGUCCUCCAACCUCCUCCUCAUCCUCGAUCAGCCCAAGGAGGGCCUCCAUCCCGACUCCAUCUUCGUCACGCCCGCCACGCCGAUCGCCUCGCCAGGCCACGUCACGCGCCAAGGCAGCCCCACGCUCGCUCUGCAGCUGCCCGUGCCCCUGGAGCGCAAGUGCAGCGUAUACCGAGCCCGCAAGAUGGACGCCAUGGAGCCCACCGAUCCCAACGCACCCACGGUCACCAUCAAAGUGGACGACGCUUACGCCCUGCCCUACGCCUACGACCCGCUCCUGCCCAACGGCAAGUGGUGCCCCUCCGAGUACUGCGACUCGGAGCACAGGCACCUGGGCGUCUGCACCUGCGACCACAUCGAGUGUGCCCAAGGAAGAGCCGCAUGGCUUGAACGUGGACGUCGCUGUAGUGUCCAGGAGAAUACAGCGUCAUGCCACAGAAGAUGGGUCAAGAGGAAUCGAGUUCACGACUCCUCCAUUGGCGGAUCAUCGGACGAUGAUGACCUCCUGGGUGUCCUUCAGGGUCCGAGUUCCUUUGCCAACGCUUUUCUCUACGUCGGAUUAGGCACAGUGGCCAUCGGCCUCGUGAUAUCAUUCGUGGGGACAGGCGAAAAGGGAUUCAAAACAGUCGAAUUGAGACUCAUUGGACCAUCUCUAAUAGGUAUUGGUUUGAUUUGCUGUAUUCUACGGAUAUUAUUUUGUGUUUGUCCAUCAAAUUGUUUAUCGAGUCGACGGAAUGCGGAGAAGAAAAAUGCCAAAAUUGAUGCUGAUCACACGACAUCACUUUUACGGAGUGAUAAAAGAGUGCAAAUUGCCCGCGGAGGUAAUUCGCAGACCAAAUUGCAGACGCAUAAAACAAUGUCGAAAUCCCAUAGUAAAACGAUAGAAGGGAUGGAAGCCCUCCGUCAUCUCGCAACAACGUCAUUGUUGCUACAAUCAGAGCCAAAGGUAUCAUCGAAUCGAAUUGUUCCGGUGAUUCAGGAGCCAGACAGGACAGAAGAUGCGCCGCUGGAAAUGCACAACAUCGACUCACACAGUGUCGACCUGUGCGACCUCUCGGACGAUAAUGUGUCCAGCAGCAGCGAAGAGGGCGCCUGCGGGGGUGCGGAUGUCAUCCUGAUAGGGGACACGGUUUCAGAGGAUGUGGCUGAGGUGCUCCCGGAGCGAGUUCCGACCCUACGACUGAGCAAAUUGCACCGGCAGCGAACGCGCGGCGUCCAGUCGGCGGCCCAGGUCAGCCUGCCGGGAGAUGUGGCCGAGGCGGAGACGUGUCUCAUGCUGCCGCCGGAGACCCUCUCGCCGCCCGCCAUGGCGACCUCGCGACUCAUGUCUCCGCCGCUCAAACCACACCUCAAGAGUCGCUACCCCAGCCCACUGCAGCCACCGCCAUCCAGUGAACAAUCAGUGACGAAUUUAACUUCCAUCGCCCUUCCGACAUUGCCAGGAGAAGCUGAAUUAGUUCUUAGUCCCUCAAAACUCGCACCGGAUGCCCACCAGCAGAGCAUCGCGGCCAGACGCGCUCCGCGGAAGAGUUCGUUGUUAGGACAAGUUAUCAUAAUUUUCGUAGUUCUUGCCGCGCUAAUCAGUAGAUCGACAGCUUGGGAUACUGUAGAAUUGGAAAUAUUUGAUCUCGUUGAGGACAUAAAUGAAAAUUUCUACACUCUGCUCGGCAUCAAUCAGAAUGCCACGACAGCUGAGGUGAAACGUGCUUUUCGCACCCUCUCUGUGGUGCUGCAUCCGGACAAGACAACGGCCGAGGGUGCCAACGAGAAGUUUCGCAACCUCGUCGCUGUGUACGAAGUGCUCAAGGAUCCGGAAAAGAGGGAGAAGUAUGAUAAAGUCCUCAGAGAUGGAUUGCCCAACUGGAAGUCCGGGCUCUACUACUACCGGCGCUUCAGGAAGAUGGGCAUGGCGGAGAUGGUGUCAAUUCUGUCCGUGAUCCUAACGGUGGGACAGUAUUUGAUAUCCUGGGCGGUGUACUUCGAGAAGAAGUACACGGCUGAGCAGAUUUUGGGCACAAAGAUCAAGAAGAUCCAGAAGAAGCAGAAAAAUACGAUAGACAUGGAUCGGAUACUGCAGGAGAUUCCCAAACCGAGCAUCUUCCAGACACUUCCCUUCCAGAUUCCCCUCUUCAUCUGGCGCUUUCCCAAACGGAUGAAAGAUACAUACAAAGAGUACCGCGAAGUGAAGCAGAGGCAACUGGAGGAGGAAGAGCGAGAGCAGGAGGAAGAGAAGCGCCAACAGGAAUUAGUGGAGAAGAUCCAGAAGCAGAAGGAGGAAGCUAAGGGACUGCGGAAGCGAAAAGCCUUCGUAGUGCCGGAGAAAACAGACGAGGAACUCUCAGGGUACACGAAUGUGAUGUCAAAAACCACUCCUGAUGGUGUCGUGCGUCCUGUCCAUCAUACUCAGGUCCCCGUUUCCGGUGGAUUGUGGACGGAUGACGACCUUAAUGAGCUGGUGCGCCUGGUGAAGAAGUAUCCUGGCGGCACGACGGAUCGCUGGGAGACAAUUGCCAGUGCAAUGAAUCGAUCAAUCCCCGAGGUGACCUUCAUGGCGGCGAAGCUCAAAGAUAACCCCCUGAAGGCGCCGAAUGCCACGGAGCCGGAAGAACUUGGUCAUGCAAAGACCAAGCAAAAAACUCAGGACGGAAAGCAGCUGAUAAUCCCCGUGACUAAUUGGAGUCAGCAGCAGCAGCAGGCGCUGGAAGUGGCGAUUGUGAAGUAUCCCAAGGGAGGCGUGGGCGAUCGGUGGCAGAAGAUCGCCAACUGCGUGCAGGGAAAGAACAGGGAGGAGUGCAUGGCGCGGUAUAAGUACCUCGUGGAGUUGGUGAAGAAGCAGCGCGAGGAGACAGUGGCUCCUGAGCAGGAGGAACAGGCUGAGGAGUCUGAAGAGGUUGCAGAGGAACCAGAGGAGAUUGCUGAAGAGGAGGAAUUGAUUGAGGAGCCCCCUGAGGAAGAAGAGGAGGAGGAGGAAGAGGAGGUGGUGGAAGUGGUGAAGCCAAAGGGGAAAAACCGACGACGGGAUCGGAAGAAGCUGGCCGAACUGACGCUGGAGGAGUACGAAGAGUAUGAUAAAUAAAUUGCCACGCGAAGGGACACUGUAA